AUGAAUCCACAAGUGUCUAAUAUUAUCAUCAUGUUGGUCAUGAUGCAGAUUUCUCGUCGUAUCGAUAUGGAAGACGAGACUAACAUCUUAUACAUUAGAAUUGCCUACGUUGCUUCUAUCGCUAUCGCUUAUGUGGUGUACCAAUACACCAGAUCAAAGGUCGUUGCCAAGAACGACUUGACCACCUUGAAAUACGUUGAACAAACUUCUCCAUUCUCUGCUGAGGCUUUGGAAAAGAGCCAAAAGGAGAAAUUCAACGUCACUACUGUCAGAGACUAUGACUUGAAAGAAUUGGACUCCGCCAUCAAAUCCAUCUAUACCGGUGUUCUAAUGAUGGGAUUCAUGCACUUCUACAUGGGCUACGUUAACCCAUUGUUCAUGCAAUCCAUCUCCCCAGUUAAGUCUGCCCUUGAACACAACGUCGUCAAGAUUCAUUUGUUUAACAAGCCUGCCGUUGGUGAUUUGAAGAGACCUUUCGUUGCCCCAUCUUUGUUCGGUGGUAGCGCCAAGAACUCUACCCCAGCUGAAGCUGUCGAAAAGGCUGAAAAGGCUGGUAACGGUGGUGCUGGUAUCAAGGCAGAGUAA